GACUUCUUCGCGCACUCGAGUUCCAGUCCCCGCACUAGUCGCUCUCCCGCCAGCUGUGCCCCGGCAAUGGAUUAAAAGUCGCGACGGGAGCCGAGCGGGAGCCCGGGCAGCCCCGGUCCGUUCCGCCCUGCUCCGGCUUGGGGUCCCGCGCCGCCGUGGUCCACGAGUGGUGCUGCGCGCGCCGGCCCCUCUCCCACACCUCUCCCCCGCUGCUCGGGGCAGGCGGCCGCUUCUCCCCCCGCGGAGAUGUCCGGCGGCGGCCGGAGGAGGGGCGGCUCCUCCUGGCCCAGCUUCUCCCGGUUCUUCACUCCUCGCAGCCCUUCUCGGGACAAGGAGGAGGAAGAGGAGGAGAAGCCCGCGGCGAUCCAGCCCCCAACAGGAGGAGCUCCCAGUCCUGCAAAAGAGCCUGUCAUUAUAAGUCAGAAAAAGGAAAGUGCAUCUUCAACAGAGCCGGACUUGGCUUCUGGCGUAAAUCCUAUCCUUUUGAAGAAGAAUACCUCUGACAGCCAGGGCUCUGAAGGAACAGACUUGUAUUAUGGGGGAGGAAAACUGAUUUCCCAAAGUGAGGACAGUAGGAGCCAUUCUGAGAAACCAGCUAAUCUUUCACCAGAAGAAGACACAAAAAAACUAGAUGACUUUACCAGUUUACCCUCAGAUUCUAAGACUCUAGACAUUGAUAAACAGCCCAAAGAAGGCUUUCUCCAAUUCCUUGGUAACUUAUUUAAUAUCUCAGCAAAAUCCCUCCAGCAACUACCCCUCAAAAGUGAACAUGACAAAACUGAAAAGGAUUCACAAAAUCUCAUUGUACUUCAUAAAGAAAAGUUUAAAAAGGAAAAUGAUAUACGCUACAGUCCUCCUCUGGAAGAGCUAAAUCCAACAAUUGAAAAAAAAGGCCUGCCCACUUCAACUGAUAUGUCAGAUGUUAUUUCAGAAGAUAUAAAAGAAGAUAGUGAACAAGAAAGCAAUGAAUUGCUAAAAAACGUAGCAUGUGAACCUGAGAUACCUUCAACUACAUAUUCAACUUACCGGGGUCCCAGACAAAUUUUGAAAAUUAUGAGAAAACACACCAAAUUAGAGACUUUAACUUCCGCACAAAAAGCAGAUGAAACUUCUGAUUCUAGUACAAGUACUCAAACUGGAAAUGAAAGUGAGUCUGAGACUGUACUCUCUCCAAAUUCACCUAUCAACUACAAGACAGAUCUGCUCAAAAGCCCUUUAAAGCACGUGAUUUUAAAUAACAGUAAUUAUAAAGAAUGUAAGAGAAGCGGGUCCUCAUCAUCUACUGAAAAUAGCUCAAGUUCUAUAGUUGAGUCCUGUUAUAAGCAUCCUUUAAAUUAUGUACCUGUUUAUAAAAUAGACAAUAUAAUAGGAUCAGUGUUAAUAGAAAAUGAUACCAAAGACCCUAGAAAUCCUGCUUUUCAGAGGUGUGUGAAUCAAAAAACCACUUUAGAAAACAACUUUUUGAAGAAUGGUAGAACAUCAGAGCAAAGAGGAGAGUAUUUUCAGCACAUAAAUGAAGAAAACAAACCAAUUAUUCAAGGCUUACAGAAAAAUAUGCAAGUUAAAGAAAAUACAAAGGAGAAAGAAAUCUCCACUAAUGAACUCUCAUCCCCAGAUAACACAUUAUGUGCAAAAAAUGAAAUGGUUGGAUCUUUACCAAAAGACGCUGAUUAUAUUGUUAUAACAGAAAAUCAGAGCUUUGAUUCUGGGUCAUCAGAUAAAGUGUCUCAAGGUAUUAUAAUAAUUCAAGAUGAUCCUCCCUCUCUACAAUCUGUUAAGGAGUCAGAAAAGGCAGGUUGUAUACAAAACAGCAUAACACCUGAACUGAAAGUUGAAGUAUUUAAUAGGAACCAUAUUUCAGUGUCUUCCUUUGAAUCUGAGAAUCUUGAGUUGGCCGAAGUUUUUAUUAGCUCUUCAGAUGUUAACAAUGAAAAAACACCUCCCGUCCUUGAAUGUGAAAAGACUGAUUCUUAUGAUUCCACUCCUACCAUUGAUUCUGAAAGUGGCAUCUUCGGAAAGUGGGAAGCUCCAAUUUUAAAGAAUAUGAGGCCUUGUACAGAACACGAACAGAAUAAAAUUGUUCCUUCUACUACAGCCAAGGAAAUUAAUCUAGUCCUCCAUGAUGUUGACUCUGAAGAGAUUUACCCCGUUGAGAUUUCUCCAUCUGACUCAAAAUGUAAAGAUAUGCGCCUUAUGGCAAUACCACAAAGUUAUCAGAGAUCCCCAAAUGAAACCCCACUUGUUUUUGAGAGUGGUGUGAUAGAGGAUUUGCUUUGUGGCCAUGACAAUCAAGUCGUGAGGUCAGUGACAUAUGCUAAUGAGGAUACCCUUUUUCUUGACUGUCAUGAACCUGGAGACAUUGAUGACACUAAAAUACUUUCUUAUAAAUCUGGAAUAGGGCUCAGCUCCUCUAAUAUGUUGCCUAAAUCCCAACAAGACGACAGCACCUUACAGGUUAUGGCAAAAGCCUCUUCUAAAUUAAAAGCCAAAAGUUCUCUUGAAGUUUCCUCUAUGCUGAGGUCAGAAGAAACAGCUUCAUUUGAAAGGCAUUAUGAAAAAAAUAAUUUAUUAGGUGACAGUUCUAAGAGCAUUUCCUCUUUCAUCGGUAAACCUGAAGACGCUAACAUGGAUGUGAAUUCAUCUAAACCCAGUGAUAAUUUUGAAAUUUUGAAAACUGCUGCAGAUCUCACAGGUGACGAUACUUCCUUAGUUAUGAUGAUAUCUGCCAACAGCCCCUGGGAAUUUGAAAAAGCCAACCAGGCAGUGACCAAAAUGCCGUGCCAUAGAUACGGCAGGGAUGUCCCUAAGAUUCAUGCUGGAAAGCUAGGGCUCAAUUAUCUAACUGCUGCUGUGCUGAAAAAUGCCAUAGAAGCUGAUGCUCAGACCGUUGCUAGUGCCACAGUGUCAGUUAACAGCUCAAGCCAACAGUGUUCUGAAGCCUCAGCUGAGGCCACAGAAACCAGGAAAAGAGCACAUGACAAAUCUCUGGACUCCAACAGUGGUUUAUUUAAAAAGGCUGAUACGUUGGUUGAUGUAAGUUUGAGCUCUGACAGGAAAGAACUGAAGCCUCUGGAAGUAGGGCUUAACUACGUGGAGUGUGAUGCAGUUACCCUGAAAGAAGAGGCCCCUGGAGGAAAAACAUCUGAAGAAGAAGUGAAGGCACUGAUUCAGCUACCAGGCCAUUUGGAUGAGUGCAGUGUUGAAAAUGUGGCAGAAGACAAAAGAGAAGAAAAAGCCCAAGUUUUAACUACUCUUGGUGAGAGGAAUCUCCUUAUUGAUAUUGAUAAAAUGGAUGGGUCUGAUUUUUUAACAAUCAAAGCAAAGGAAUUGGUCAGGGAGGUGAUUCAUCGUGCCCAACAAAUUGUGAUAAGUGAUCAUUCCAGAAAGACGAAGUUUAGGAGCCAUACCAGACAUCCUGAAAAGGCCCGUGCCACCAAGAUUCUGAGCAGUGAUAUUAUUAAACCACUGUAUUUGGCUAAAGAAUUCUUGGCCUUGGAGGAGUCAGAACACCAAAGCAUAACUAAAGGCAGUGAAAACAAAGACUCAGAAAGCCCUUUGGCUAAAAUUAAUUUAGAGAACAACACAGAUUCAGCCAAAGAAACAGAACUAGUGCCUUACCCUCAAAGCUCGUGUGCUGGAAAUGGAUUGGGACAGUUUGAUGGUGCAGAGUUGCCAGAACCAGAUGUUUCACUCCCAGAGAACACGUCUGACAAAGGCUUCGAUGACAAAGGUCUGCCAUCAGCCUGUGCCAAAGAAGAAAGUAAAGGAGAAAGGCUGCCAGCGCAGCUCGAGUGUAUGGGCAACCACAAAACGCAGACAGAGGACACGGGAGCGUUUGUCUUAAAUCUCAAGUGGACCCCUUUCAUUAAGGAGGAAGCGUACACCCACCAACCUAGCACGUCCAAAGGCAGUUUUUCUGAUAGCGUUGUAUGUAUUAAUGAAAAAUGCCUGCCAGGACACAGUAUUAAACCACUGCCCACAGCCAUGUUAGAUAUGGGGAAAGUUUACAGAAAAGAUGCUGAAUUAAGCUUAGGCAAAAUUGAAAUGGAGCCUUCCAUGGUAGAAAUGCGGAAAGUAUUCAAGAAAAGCACUGAAUUAAAUAUAGGGAAAAGCGAGCUGAUGCCCUCAUUGUUAGAAAUGGGAAAAGCAUACACAAUACAUGCUGAAUUAAAUGCAGGAAAAAACGAGUUGAUGCCUUCAAUCUUAGAAAUGGGAAAAUCAUACAAAAGAAGUGGAGUAAAUCUUAUAAAAGUAGAAGGAACGCCCGACAGUAUCAAAAUGGGAGAACCAUGUGAAAGGAACAGUGAUGAAAUGGCACCUGUCAGGCUAGAAAUAGAAAAGGCAUUUCAAAAAGAUAACGAAGGGAAUGGUGAAAAAGCUUCCGUGACAUCGCCCAAGUUAAAAAUAGAAAAAACGUGUAAAGACGAUAUGAAUAUUACACAAGCCGGCUUGGCAAUAACCAAUAUCUUAGGAAUGGGGGAAAAAAGCCAAAACGUUGUUGAAGGGAAUAUUGGGGAAAGUAAAGUGGUACCUGCUAUUUUUGAAGUGGGGAAAAUAUACCAAAUGAAUACUGAAGGGAAUUUGGGGAAAAUUGAAAUGAGACCUGUCGAAAUAACGAAAAGUGUGGCACCAGGUGACGAGAAGACGAAGUCACAGUUUGAGGACUAUGAGUUACCUACAUUAAGUAAGGAUUGUAAAGUAAAUAUUGGUUUUAUGACACCAGAUUUUCUAUCUGAAGAUCCCAAAGGAAGGACAGAGAAGAAUCUAUACAUGACUGCAGUGUGUGGGAAAGAAAGAAAUCUAAGUUAUGACUUUGCCAACGAACAGCCACAUUUAGCUUUUAUACCACAAGAUGAGCAAAGUAACCCUUCUUUCACCAUUUUGUACGAAGAGCCCCUUCAAGAGGAGGCUCAGUAUUUACCCGCUGAAGAAGAGGGAGCACACUCGCUGGGCUUUCCCGAUGAGCCCACCAACUGUCUGCAGCCUGUUUUGGUAUGUGAGAGGUCUGAAAGCAGAACUGACCUUGUCCAUCAUUUUGAAAAGGAGAGCAAAUCCAGCGAGAUGUUCGACAGUGACAAUUCUGAAAUGUUCUUAUCAGUGGAGGCAAAAAGGUACAAAGUCUACCCGUUAGCCUUGUCUCCCAUCUAUGAAGACGACAGCCCUCAGGAUGACAUCCUGUCUAGUGAAGUCUCACCAGGUCACCGAGGAUCUAGUGCAAAGUCAAGAGACGGCUCUGGUCAACCUUCCUCUGUGCUGUCACUUCUGCAAUCAGUGUCAGAGCGUUUAAGGAUGAAUUUUGAUGACGGAGAAAAGCUUGAGGCAGAAGAGGAAGAAAUAGUGGAUGAGGAGGAGGAGGGCCUGCAACAUAAAGAGAAUAUUCUGAAAACUGGAAAGAGAGAGCAGGCUGCUUUUCAGCUUGCAGAUUGCGCCCCUCUCGCUUAUGAAGGGGAGGACCAAGAAGGAACGAGGCCUUCCAAAAUGCCGCUUUUUCUUUCCAAUGAAGCCACGACCUCUAAUCAGCCAACUGCCCCGUGGCCAGACAAGGCCGCACUUCACCACGCGUCGGGCCCUUUUCUGCAGAAGUCUGACCUCAGUUCUAAACUGCACUCGUCUUUCAAGAGUGCCUAUCAUCAGUAUCUGCAAACUGCCAAAACCUUGUCACCUGAGAAAGGAGCCAAGGCUGGCAGCGCUCUUCAGGAGCCGGGCCCCCCAUUAAACACUUAUCCCGAGAAUUCUUUUGAUAAGCAAAGCCUGAAAUGUAACCCCAGGCCUGGAAAGAUGGUCAUCUAUGACCUUCAUGGAAGUAAAUAUAAACAGGAGAUUUACAAUGACAUUCUUGAUGCUGCCUCCUGGACCUUUCCAAAUGGAGCAUUCAUCAGAGUUGUAAGAGGAUGCUGGAUUUUAUAUGAGAAGCCGCAUUUCCAAGGCCAUAAAUGUGUUUUAGAAGAAGGAGAAAAAGUGCUCAACCGUGACUGGAUUUUUCGGAGUAAAAAGCACCAAACGAGAAACUUUGUGAUUGGCUCUAUCAAGCGAGUAUUGAAGGAUUGCAGUGUUCCAGAAAUAGAACUUUGCCCACAGUCUGAUGCAGCAUGUUGCCCCAUCUAUGUACAAAAAUCAGUUGCCAAUUUAGAAGAACUGAAUUUACCAAGAUCAGUGUCAUUUGCUGUGAAGUCAGGAGUUUGGCUUGCCUACACAGACGUGAAUUUUAAGGGACAAAUGACAGUUCUGGAGGAAGGCCAUGGACUCUUUGAGAUUUCAGCAUCUGAAAUUAAAUCACUGUAUUCACUUCAAAUGGGUGGAUUGAAGGUGGAAAUGCCCAUGAACUUAAAGGUGAUUAUAUAUGAUAAAACACAUUUCCUUGGACAUGCCAAGGAGUUUAAUGAACAUGUAGACUCUGUCCCAGAGCUUUUCAGAAAAGAAGAGAUUUUCUUUGGAAUUGCAUCAAUUCGUGUCAUUGGUGGAGUGUGGGUUGCCUAUGAAAAAGAACGUUUUAAAGGUCAACAGUAUCUGCUGGAAGAGGGAGAAUAUGAAGACAUCAGUACCUGGCAGACGCUGAGCAGCACUUUAUUGUCCUUCCGGUAUUUACAAGCUAAUUUUAUAGAAUCUUCAGUCACACUAUUUGAGGAUACUAUAGAAAACUCAAAAUUUGUUAAUAUUAUUAAUCGAGAAGUUCCUGAUUUGGAAGAAGUUGGGUUUGGUAGUGAAACAAGAUGUAUUCACGUUAAAAGUGGAGUUUGGGUUGGCUACCAGCAGAGGUUCUAUUGCGGAGAACAGUAUAUACUUGAGAAAGGGAAAUACAAGAGCUUUUUUGACUGGGGAGGAGUCAACAACCAAAUCUUGUCAAUUAGGCCCGUCAGGCUGGAACCUCUUGGGAUAAAUGAGCCUCCAUAUUUGCUCAAAGCAUAUGAUCAACCAAAUUUCCAAGGAAAUUGUGUAGAUUUCACAGGUCAUAUUUCUGAUUUGACAGCCUUCACACCACAUUCAUUUAAAGUUCUUCGGGGAAGCUGGCUCAUGCAUUGCCAAGGGGAUUUCUCCAGCAACCAGUGUGUGUUAGAAGAAGGCCUCUAUGCUGACCUCACUUCCUGUGGCUGCUCUCCAGCUCAAGUCAAAUCUCUGAAGCCCAUUAAAUAUGUUUUUGAAGAGCCCUUCAUCAGUCUCUUUGCUCUGGAACACUGCGAAGGAAGAGAGCUCUGUUUAGGGGAUGCGAUUAACUCGGUUCUAAACAAGGAUGUCUACUUCUACACACAGUCAGUAUGGGUAAAGAGCGGACUGUGGAUUGCUUAUGAAGGCUCCAAUUUCCUGGGAAGACAAAUGUUGCUGGAGCCCAGUGAGAUUUCAAACUGGUCGGCCUUCAGUGGUUGGAAAACGAUUGGUUCUCUCCGCCCAGUCAAACAGCCUUCAGUGUACAUCAGAAUAAAGAACAGAGCCCAAGGUGAAUAUCUAACAGUCACUGGAAAUCUAGCCGAUAUGAGGACGACGUCUUUAUGUAUUUCUCCCUAUAAUGGAAAAAAUACCCAAGUGUGGCACUACUGUCGAGGACUCUUUAAAUCCAAGGCUAAUGAUACAUGUCUUGAUGUUAUUGGUGGAAAAGAGACAGCUGGAGCUAAAGUAGCUGUAUGGACUGAACAUGGAAGGCUUAGGCAAAAGUGGAAGAUGAACAAAAAUGGAACUAUCAGUUCUUACCUGAAUGACCAUCUUGUCCUUGACAUUAAAGGAGGAAGCUAUUGUGAUAAGACCCAUAUAAUUGUAAACCAGCCUCUGGAGGGGGAACUUACACAGAAAUGGGACAUUGAAAUAUUGUGAAUAAAAUCACCAUCAUCACUAAGAGGAGCUAAGGAAGGUGGAACUGUUUGCCUCAUUGUCUUAAGCAUGUGAAAAAGGAAGCUACUGAAGUCACAGGCCACUGGAAAAUAAGCAGAUAGUGAACUUGUUUCCAUGUUUCUUUCAUCUGUUUAUGGACACAGACUCCCAAACCAUUGCCUUCUAACCAGGAGAGGCCAGGUGGAGUUAAACCAUUUUUGCCAGUUUCUACAUAAACCUAUAGAAAAUGCCUUUCUGUCACCAAGGUGAUAGAGUACUUGGAUUCCUGUGAAUAUGCUCUCUUCUUUUUCAGCUCACCUUUCCUUUUUGUGAUGAUGUUUCUUGCUGGGAAUUCUGGUUGGGAGCACAGUGAACACUAUGCAGCAUUCUAGACCAUUUUCCCCAGAAAGCUAUCUGACACAAAUAAGCAAGCUGAGAAGUCCGCUUUGGCUAGCCAGGCUCCAAUUCACAUUGUUGCUAUAAAGGCUAGUGUUUUCAAAGAGUUGUCAUUCCACUCAUGCUAUUAAUAACGACCCCAGGGCGACUACACUAAAGACUACAUGGUAGAUGAUUGUGUGUGUGUGUGUGUGUAUUUCUAUAUCAUGGGGAAUUAUACGAGUCAAGUUAGAGUCAGAAUCAGAGUGGCGAGUAAGACCUGAGGAGCGUGCAGAGGUUAUCUGAAAAGCAGUUAAUCCCACCUUCUAAAGCGUCCCCUUUUUUGAUACCUGAAGCACUAUGUUACACAAAGCAAGCAGCCCACCGGCAGUGACAAAUAGAAGACCCUCAACUCUUCCAGGAUUAAAAGCACAACUCUGUAACGUGUUAUUUCCUGUUGCUCAACAGCAUGAUGCUAUUCCUUUUUAAAGGAUGGAUUCCUUCUAUUUUUGAAACAGCACAGAUGACAAGAAUGAAGCCCUUUUGGAUAAAAAAGCCAAUGCAUUUUAAGUACUAUGGGGAAAAGGCAGUGUGGAUCUACCAAGUAACCAAUCCCAGAUGCAUUGAAUCUAGGCAGUCUUCCUUUACUCUGGCCCCAAAAGUAUUCGAGAACUCCUUUACGAUAGUGUCAGACAAGCCAAAUAAUUACUUUGUUUCCUUGAAAUGGUGUAAAGUUUCAAUGUUAGUUUAAAAUGAAAGCAAAGUUGUGUUUUAGGCCUGGACCCUAACGAUUCCCUGCCCUCCCCCCAAAUACAGGUUCUGCAGAUUUCCCUCAUUCUUCUAGAAAACAUUUUUUUUAAGUAACUGAACAGGCAAUCAGUAAAGUCAGGUAGGAAACAAUCACCUUUGAUAUUAUUUCAGGUAAUCUUUUCCACCUUUUCAUUGUUCUAGUGAAUGAUUAAGAUAUUUUUCCCACCUGAAUUUAGAGUAUUCUGAGCUAGAUUUAAAAAUGCAUUGAAACACCCCAAAUUUCUUGCCUGAAAGCAUAUGAAAACACCUCUAUUUUUACAUAGACUCAGAUGAAACUCCAGAGAUGUUUUAAAAGCAUCAGUCUCCUUGCACUUUAGAAUGUAAAUGAGCAGACCUAGAUCUGCUGAUCUGAAUUUUUUAUAGUAACUUGAUCUUUCAAUGUAAAUAUUUCUGAUUUACUACUUGUUUGGUAUUUAGAACUUAAAGAGACAGGAAUCCCCCCCUGCCCCCUUUUGUCGUCUUGGCUCCUUCAAGAAGCAUUUGUAAAAAUUCCAGUGGACCCACUGAUGUGAAUGCAUCUCGUUGCUGUGCCCAUGUUAUUUAAUGGAACUUGAUGUAACAGGAGUAACUGGAGGCUUCAGAAUUUUUAAUGGAAGCCUUCCUUGUGUACAUAUACAAGAAACCUGUAUAUUUUUACUGUAAAAACUGGAUUUUUUAAAAAAAACUUCUUAAAUUGUUUUAAGGAAUUUCUUUUUGGAGCAAAAAAUCGGGUGGUCUUUAAAAAGUUAUUAUAUCCAAAGAACAAGGCCAGGUACCACAUUUAAAUUGAAAAAAAAAUCAGAGUUGUGCUUUUUUUACAACACUGGAUUAAAUAAAAUAAACUUGUCAUACA